CAACCUGAUGUUGUGUGAUGUAAUUUCCUCCAAGUUCGGCAGUUUGAAAAAAAAGAAAAAGGAAAAGCAUAAAAGAAUAGCAUUAGAAUAGCAACUGUCUUUUGAGAGAGAAAUUAGAAUUUGAACACAUCAAAUCGCUGUUCAUUUGAACAAAAACAAAUCUCAAAGGAAGAGACAGUAGUAGUCAUGGACCUAGAACAAGAUGGUGAACAAAAGACCAAUAGCAGCUGUAUUGAGAAGGAACUGGACAGAGAUAAAGAUAUUUUAGGUGAUAAAGACCAGAACACCAAAGAGGGAGCCCAAAACCGCAGAGUGGUUUUGAUUGUAGCAUGCUUGGGUUUCAUAUGUAUAUUUCUUUUAGCUGCCAUUGUAGUACUGCAUAUCAAACUCAUGGCAGAUAAAGAUAUAGAAGUUACACAGAUGUUACAGUCCAAUGCAAGAUGUCAAACUGAGAAAGACCAGCUACAGCACACCAUCAGCUCUCUGAGUGAGAAGAACCAGAAGAAAAGAGUCAAUGAUCCCACUUUUGAAAUAAGCCAGUUACUGAGGAAUUUGGACUCUUUCAAGCAGAAGAAUCAGGAGUUGGAGAAAACAGUCGAUCAGCUCUUUUCUGAAAAAAGCCAGUUAGAGAGAAAAUAUGAUUCUUUGAAUCAGACGAAAUUGGAGCUUGAAAAAACAGUCAACAAUCUCACUUCUGAAUACAGCCAGUUACAAAGAAGUCUUGAAUCUUUGAGUCAGAAGAAUCAGGAGUCGGAGAAAAGAUUCAAUAAUCUUACUUCUGAGAAAAUCCAGUUACAAAAAAAUAUGGACUCUUUCAAUCAGAAGAAUCAGGAAUUGGAGGAAAAAAACAAUCAGUUACAAAGAAGUUUUGAAUCUUUGAAUCAGAAGAAUCAGGAGUUGGAGAAAAGAGACAACAAUCUCACUUCUGAAAAAAGUCAGUUACAGAGAAAAUAUGACUCUUUGAAUCAGACAAAACUGGAGCUUGAAACAACCGUCAAAAAUCUCACUUCGGAAAAGAGUCAGUUACAAAGAAGUUUUGAAUCUUUGAGUCAGAAGAAUCGGGAGUCGGAAAAAAGAUUCAAUAAUCUUACUUCUGAAUGCAGCCAGUUACAAAGAGGUUUUGAAUCAUUGAGUCAGAAGAAUCAGGAGUCGGAGAAAAGAGUCAAUGAUCUCUCUUCUAAGAAAAGCCAGUUACAGAAAAAUGUGGACUCUUUCAAGCAAAAGAAUCAGGAGUUGGAGAAAAGAGUCGAUCAGCUCUCUUCUGAAAAAAGCCAGUUGAAGGGAAGUUUUGACUCUUUGAAUCAGACGAAACUGGGGCUGGAAAUGCAAGUCAACAAUCUAACGUCUGAAUACAGCCAGUUACAAAGAAGUUUUGAAUCCUUGAGUCAGAAGAAUCAGGAGUCGGAGAGAAGAGUCAAUAAUCUUACCUCUGAGAAAAGCCAGUUGCAGAAAAAUUUGGACUCUUUCAAGCAGAAGAAUCAGGAAUUGGAGAAAAAAGUCAAUGAUAUCUCUUCUGAAAAAAGCCAGUUACAGACAAGUUUUGACUCUUUGAGUCAGAAGAAUCUGGAGUUAGAGACUGAGCUAAGCAAGUGUUUUAAGAAAGAUUUUUCAGGUUCAGGUUUGUUCUUGUCCAGUGAAGCAAUGAGCUGGUCUGACAGCAGGAAGUACUGCAGGGAUCGUGGCGCUGAUCUGGUCACUAUCAAAAAUAUUGACAAGCAGAAGUUCAUUUCUUCAUUCGUCAAGGACGCUGUGUGGAUCGGUUUGUCUGACAUAGAAAACGAGGGGAAAAUGAAAUGGGUGGAUGAGUCAUCACCGAAACAAGGGUUUUGGGCUGGGGGCGAGCCAAAUAAUGCUAGUGGAAAUGAGGACUGUGUUGAACUGAUCCCUUCCUCUGAUGUCCUGAAAAACUGGAACGAUGCCUCAUGCUCAGAUAAGAAAAGAGGGAUUUGUGAGAAGUAGCAUUGCUUCCUUCAUCUUCCUGAUGUUUAAUAAUGCUUGAGCUAUUUUUAGUUGUUUUUAUAUCAUCUUUUAAGCUAUUUUAAUAAUACAAUUGUAAUUAAUUUUUAUGGUUUCGCUGUGUUGGUUUCUUACUGCAGUUAUAAAUCUCACAGCAUUCUGUUACACAUGGACUGCAUUAUGGGUAAUCUCAGACAAUAACAUUUCUUAUGUUCUUCAUCAGAAGCAGCUGUAUGUUAAAGAGCCACACAGAUGGGAAAUCAAAAAUUACCUGUAUUACAGUGUAUGAUGUAGCUAUCCAUCAGUGUAAACAAUGUGCAAAGUAAUUAAACCAAAAAGUUCACGAAUUAUAAAGUUAUUGGCUUCUAAAGUAAGGAGUCGACUCUGAAUCGCUGGAACGAGUCGUUAUAGAUUUCAAAUCUUUUGCCCAUCUCUAUGUAUGUCACUAGGAACACUUUGCAUAAUAAUCUCCGCCUACCGUCUUGGGAGAAACGAAACUCUGACCUGCCCCCCCCCCCCCCCCCCCCCCCACACACACACACACACACACAGACGCUCUGGAUCAUGUCGAGGAGACAGUGUGUUUUUAAUUGUAAAGGCAAGUUUGUUUUAUUUUCACUGCCAAAGAAUGAAGAUCAGAAGAACCAAUGGCUAAAAUUCAUUUUCACCGCAAUACCAGAGCAGUACAACAAAUCCCUUUUGUUGUGUUCACAACAUUUCACUGAUGACUGCUUUUCUAAUCUCGGUGAGUACAAGGCGGGAUUUUCAAAGCGUUUGGCCAUAAAAGAGGGUUCAUUACCAACUUUAUUUAGACCAACGAGCAUCUCCGAAUCACAACGCGAAGUAUGAUUAUGAAGUUAUGUGUCCGUUUUCUCCCGAGCGUCUUAUCAGUAUGUGUGCUGUCUGCAGCCUUUGUCUGUGCUGAUCUUCAUUUACAAACACGUCAUUAAAAUGAAGUGUAACAAGUGAAUACUCAACGAAGAGACAUGAGAGAGAUAUCUAUAGAAAGCUUGACAUGUCUACUUUAAAACUAAACAAGUGCUGCUAACAGAUAUUCUGUGUAAAGUAAUCCAUAUGAAAACAACGCGAUGUCUGUUUUUCACGUCUCUCUUCAUUAUAUCUAAUGUGACCACGCCCCCGCGCUGAAUGUGCUAUUCAGAUUCAAACUGAAGCGCGCGGCUUGAAUACACACACACAGAAGAAAAAGCAGCGAGACUGUUCAAGUUUUUUAUUUUACUGUUUGCUUCGCGGUGAGAGGAAUAAGACAUAAUUCACCCCUAACAGAUGCUAACGCAUAGUUUACCAUGAAGUUGUGUGCGGAACAACCAAUCAAACCUGACUAUGUUAGUUGACCAAUCAGAACACAGUAUGCUACCGAAAGGUGGGGUUUAAGGAAACUGAAUCUUUUGAACAGCUUCGCGCGAACCGUUUGGGGAUCUCUGAGAAUUGAGGUAAUUUUAAAAUGAUAAUUUGACAAAUUGACAAUGUUUUUUAACCUUGGAUGGAUUUAAACCUAUUGUACAGGACUUAUAAACAGUGAUAGGAAGCUUUGAAUUUUCAUCUUACUGGUUCUUUAACACAAUGUUAUUCUAGCUGUUAUCAUGCUUCUAAUUUCUUUAUCUGAAGUGUUGAAGUGACAAUCACAGUGUCCAAGUGUCCAGAUUUAACUAAUUCACCUAUUUUAUUCUGAUAUUGAGUGUCUGUAAAACUGGUUUUGAGCUGAAAUGCUUUCUCUUUUAAAUAAAACAUAAUUUACCAUUACCAUAGUAAUCCACCAGGAUUUUUUUUUUAUUCAACAAAAAUGUCAGUUUAUAGAUAUAUGUAUGUUUCUUUAAUUAUACAUUUAGAAUUAACACUAAUAACCCACUAAUAACUGCACAAAGAGACAAAGAUUUUUUGUGCAGGCCUAGGCUAUAUAAGUAUAAAAAUCUACGUAUUAUCUUUUUUCAGUUUUUCUCAAUCACUUUGCCUUAGUUCUCAAAUGAGUUUUUAUGUAUAUAUAUAUAUAGAGAGAGAGAGAGAGAGAGAGAGAGAUUGCAACCCUAAUCCAUAGCAGCUACAGAAGUGCUGUAUAAAUACAUUUAUAUUUGUAAAGUACAUUUGUAUUACAUAUAAACCUGACACACAGUUGUUUUUGUAUAAGCAUUGGAAAGAUAUGUAUGAAUGAAUGAAAACAACAGAAUGUUUACAUGUAACACAUUACUACAAAAAUAAAUGUACUGUAUAAAUA